AUGUCGAAACGGUUGAAUGCCAAGACACGGAGCGACAUGGGUGGUAAAAGAAGCAGGGGAGAUGAGAACGUUGACAUGACUGCUGAACUGUGGGGUGAAGUGUACGACAUGUUGUGUGGCAAGAUAAAGGCCGACGACGUGUACGCCAAGAUACGUUCAAAGAUGAGGAAGCUGACUGAACCCAAGAAAGUAGCACCGAAGAAGACGAUAAAGAAGAUCCAGAAGAAAAAACCCAGCAAACCAGCAGCAGCAGCAGCAUCCACCACCACCACCACAGCAGCUGUUGUCACCACAGCAGCAGCAACACCCACCACCACCACCACCCUCACAACAGCACCAGUCACCACCACUACAGCAGCAACAACAGCAGCGGCAACAGACACCGAAACGACAUCCUUUUUGAAACCUGCAACACCUGCAACAUCUGCAAAAAGACGAUCACGGAAGAAAUUAUCUCUGAAGAUCUCUCCUCAAGAACAGCUGACCCCUGAUGUCAGUUCAGCCCAGUCGGUGCUAGAACAGUGGUGGGAACAAACCCCUCGGGAGCCUACCUAUUCACCGAAUGCACCUGUGACGAUGAUGACGGGUGACAGUGAUGAUCAUGAAGCGCUCAAGCUGGCAACUCUCCCUUCCAUGGAAUCUGGACACCCACCCCCUGCUUGA